AUGACCUGGACACAUGAAUGCAUGUCAUCACAACCCUCAACCUCAUCUGACAGCGAAUCUGAUCGCUCGGUCACCCCCACCGACUCUUCAACAACCGCGCAACCCGCCGCUAGUGUUGCGCGCUCAGAGGCAGCGCGACAACGCGCCCUUGUCGCCAUUCGCAGGCGACAACACGCUCAGCGUUUAGCCGCCCGACGCAUCUCGCAAGCCCGUGCCGUGAUGAGAGCCCGCUUCCUGCUUGGCGAGGACAUGUCGUAUGCUAAACUGGUCGUCCAGGAGAACAGCGAACUGCAAGAGACGCAUCGGAUGCUCACCAACAAGGUACGCGAAAUGGAGGCCGGCAUCGCCGCGAUGCGAGCUUUUCUAGAACGUCGCGCUGCCACCAAGCAA